AUGGAGAAGGCUCGCAUCCCUCCUCGGCCGGUGAAGCAAAGUCUGAAUCCAGCCAACUUCAAGAAUGAAGGAGAAAGCAAUGCCACAACACACGAUGAGGAUGACUGGCUGCUGGCAGACACACCGCCAACGCCACCCAGCGUCACGUCAGAGGAGCAGCGUCAGAUGUCGGCCACUUUGACAGUGGACCAGCUUUUCCAUGCGGUGAAGUUGAGGAUCAUCUGCCCUCCCCGGUGGCGGAAGCUGUUCCUGGCCGCCGGCAGAAGAUAUGAAUUGAGGUUGCAUCGCCUACAGGAGGCCAUGUUCAUCGGCUGCGCUGUGGAUGACUUGAGCGUCCUGCGGGAGUUAAAAACUGAGAUCCCGGAGCAACUCUGGUCUUGGUGGGCUUAUGAGCUGGGCCUCUACCAACGAGCUGUGAGGCGUUGUAGACCCGACAUGCUUGGCAUUUUGCCGGUGAUUCAAGGCAUUGCGUAUCCUCCACAGGCGGAAAUUGCGGAGGUGAAGCAAACCAUCAAUCUCCAACUGGCUGAGGACAGCUCGAAGCCUUGGGACAUGGCUGGGCUACCAGAGCGACAGCUCGGAUGCCAUCGCUUCCGAAAUGGGGCGGCUGUUUCUUAA